AUGUAUCGUAAUUAUAGCUGGUACAAGGCCACAGAGCCUAAAAGCUACGAAUCUGAAAUUUAUGAUAAUGGUCUCAACUUUGAGCGACCCAGCAUCAGCGUUGACCCUAGCAAGUGGGAACCGUUAGCCAUAGAACGCUUGUCCAAGGAUGCCGCUGGUUAUGUUUAUGGUUCUGCAGGAACACGUGAGACCACCGAUAAAAAUCACGAGUCUUAUAAAAGAUGGUCCAUUAUCCCCAAUCGUUUAGUCAAGUCCGAUUUUCCAGACUUACGUACGAAACUUUUUGGCAGAGAAUAUUCUUUCCCCAUUGCUCUAGGUCCUGUUGGUGUUCAGCGGAUUGUUAAUCCAGAAGGUGAGCAUGGUUCCAGUAAAGCAGCGACUCUUGAACAUGUCCCGUACGUCAUUAGUACCGCUGCUUCUAUGAGCUUUGAAGAAAUUGCCGAAAGUAGCGGCCCUGGAGAAAGAUGGUACCAGCUUUACUGGCCUUCGAACGAAAACAACGACAUCACCGCUAGUUUAUUGAAGCGUGCAAAGAGUAUUGACUGUAAAGUUCUUGUUGUCACCUUAGAUACAUACAUAUUGGGAUGGCGCCCUUCCGACAUGGACAAUGGUUAUGAUCCUUUCCUAAAGCCCGACAAAAUUGGCGUUGCCUUAGGAUUGAGCGACCCCGUUUUCCGUAAGCGCUUCAAACAGGAACAUGGUGUCGAGGUCGAAGAAGAUUUACACAAGGCUGCUCGUGAAUUUUCUGGCAUUAUAUUCCCUGGACUUUCUCACGAUUGGGAAGACCUAAAGUUCAUUCGAGAGAACUGGGAUGGCCCUAUUGUUCUCAAAGGUAUCCAGAGCGUUGCUGAUGCAAAAAAGGCUGCUGAGUUCGGUGUAGACGGUAUCGUUGUCUCCAAUCAUGGAGGUCGUCAACAAGAUGGUGGUGUGGCUUCUUUAACAAUGCUACCAAAAAUCGUCGACGCAGUUGGGGACAAACUCGAAAUUCUCUUCGACUCCGGUAUAAGAUCUGGCUCUGAUAUUGUAAAAGCACUUGCUCUUGGUGCCAAAAUGGUACUCAUCGGUCGUCCUUACAUUUACGGGCUCGGUAUUGCAGGCACAAAAGGUGUUCGUCAUGUAAUUCGUUGUCUUCUUGGCGACUUGGAGUUGACCUUGCAUUUGUCUGGUGUUCCUUCAAUUGCACCGGAGCACUUAAACCGUGAUCUCUUGUUGUAUGAAGAUCAUUAG